AUGGACUUUUGGGGUCCAACGUCUCUUCCAUCGUCACAAGACAAUCGGUAUGUGCUAGUGAUAACAGAUUAUUUAUCAAAAUAUGUCAUCGCCAAAGCUGUACCAAAUAAUUCAGCAACAACAACAGCUCAAUUCAUCGUGGAAGAAGUUAUACUAAAAUAUGGGGUACCACGAAAAAUAAUCACAGAUCAAGGUACACAUUUUAAAAAUGAAUUGAUGGAAAAAAUUGCAUUAUUAAUGGGAUUUAAACAUGCAUUCGCAACAACAUAUCAUCCACAAACGAACGGACAGGUGGAACGAUUUAAUGCAACAUUUUAUCCGCAGUUAGCAAAAUUACACGAUGACAAUCUUAAUAAUUGGGAUGAGUAUUUACCAGCGUGCAUAUUUGCAUAUAAUACUGGACUACACAGUACAACGGGCUAUUCGCCGUUUCAGUUAAUGUUUGCACGUGAACCUAUUUUGCCUUUUGAUUCACCAACAUCUACUAUUACAUUAACCAAGCCAAAUGAUUAUUGGACACAAAUCACUCAGCAAAUGAAGGUUUACAGGAGAAAUGUCAAAAAUAACAUUAUUCAUCAACAACAAUUGUCUAAACAACGCUAUAAUCAACAAAGAGCGGAUCCGACUUAUAAACCCGGCGAUCUGGUCUUCAUUAAACAAACGUCCAAAAUUUGGUGA